GAAAGGAUGAGCUGACGAGCGUACCAUUUCGCAUACGUAUAUUAUUCAGAGACUGAUUGAGGCAGUAUCAGAUACAACACAAACGGGUUUUGUGUUUUGUAUAUAUUUAAACUAUAGUAAGAGCAGUAUGAGUUACGGAGGAGGUUAUGGAGGAGGAGGUGGUGGCUACGGAGGUGGCGGUGGUUAUGGUGGUGGUGGUGGUGGUGGCGGUUAUGGAGGCCGUUCCGAUCGUAAAUUUGGCGGCGGCGGCGGCGGUGGUGGUUAUGGCAGCGGUCGUGGCGGCGGUGGUGGCCAGGGUGCGGCUUUUUCUCAGUUGCAAACGCCCAGAUGGAACGAGAUCAGGUUACAGCCGUUCGAGAAAAACUUUUACAGAGAGCAUCCAGAUGUCUCUGCACGUGAUUACUCGCAAGUCGAGGCGUACCGAGCGAAAUUCGAAAUGACUGUGAAUGGUAAGAACGUGCCCAAGCCUGUGCAGGAGUUCGUCGAGGCUCCCUUCCCUGACUACGUGAAGAGCACUCUGCUGGGCCAAGGGUUCGAAAGACCUACACCCAUCCAGGCUCAGGGAUGGCCUAUGGCUCUGAGUGGUCGAGAUAUGGUUGGUAUCGCACAGACAGGUUCAGGAAAGACACUGAGUUUUGUUUUGCCCGGUAUUGUGCAUAUCAUGGCACAGCCUGUAUUAGAGCGUGGCGACGGCCCAAUUGUAUUGAUUCUGGCCCCUACGCGUGAGUUGGCCUACCAGAUUCAAGAGGUUGUUAAGAAGUAUGGAGAUAUCUGCCAACUGAAGAACACCUGUCUGUACGGUGGUGUGCCAAAGCACGGCCAAAUUCGCGAGCUAGACAACGGUGUGGAGUUCAUCAUUGCCACACCUGGUCGUUUGCUUGACUUGCUUACUAUGGGCAAGACUAAUCUUCUGCGCUGCACAUACCUCGUACUUGAUGAGGCUGACCGUAUGCUGGAUAUGGGUUUCGAGCCUCAACUGACAAAGAUCGUUGGGCAAAUUAGACCCGACAGACAAACCCUCAUGUGGAGUGCUACAUGGCCCAAGGAGGUUAAAUCCCUGGCCGAGAGGUAUCUUAAUGAAUAUAUCCAGGUGAAUAUUGGUUCACUGGAUCUGUCCGCGAAUCACAGGAUCAAGCAGAUCGUUGAGAUUAUCAGUGACCGAGAGAAAGAGAGACGUCUAUUGAAGCUGUUGGAUGAUUUGACUCGAGCGGAUACCGAGGGCAAAGUACUCGUUUUCGUGGAGACUAAGCGAAAAUGUGAUGAAAUCACCAGGAAUUUAAGACAUGAUGGGUUCAACGCUCUGUGCAUUCACGGAGAUAAAAGUCAACCCGAGCGUGAUUGGGUGUUGAAAGAGUUCAAAGAGGGAAAGUGUCAAACACUGAUUGCCACUGAUGUUGCUGCCCGUGGUCUAGACGUCAAGUUGAUCAGGAACGUAAUCAACUACGAUUAUCCCAAUAAUUCUGAGGAUUACGUACAUCGUAUUGGACGUACCGGACGUGCCGGUAAAACCGGAACCGCAUACACAUUCUUCACACCUGACAAGUUCAAGCAGGCGCGCGAUUUGGUUAAUGUGUUGACAGAGUCUUCGCAAGAGGUUCCCAUUAAACUCGCCGAGAUGGCACGAAUGGGCGGUAGUGGCGGAGGCAACAGGGGUUACGGAGGCCGUGGAGGCGGCGGUGGUUAUGGAGGUAAUAGUUAUGGUGGCCCAACUGGGGGAAAUGCUGGUUACGGAGGAGGAUACUAAUUUUGAAACUAAUAUUUAGAAACAUACGAAGACUGCGGGCAAAACUUCGGGCCUGUGUUCUCUAUAUUCAUGUGGUGAAUCGCCAACUGCUCGGAAAAAAAUAUACAACGAUCCAUGUACGAUAUAUUGCGCAAUUGUAUCUGAGUUACGAAGGCUCCAUUUUCUAGCUAUUCUUGACAAGUGGUUUGUGUUCACAAUAUCAGUCAAAUGUAUGGUAAUAAGUCAAUAAAGAAUUAGCAAUCAAUUACGUCUCG